AUGACCCCACAACCUCUGAUGGCGCCUUCUACCGAGCUGUCAAAAUGGGGACCCCAAGAGAAAGAGCCUGGAGAGGGGGAGCAGAGGAACCUGCUACGUCUGUACUGCGUCCUUCUCCUUAUCAACUUUCUGCUGGAGAUCAUUGCAGGAGUCCUAGCCUAUGUCUACUAUCAGCAGCUGAACGCAGAGCUCAUGGACAACCUGAGGGACACCAUGAAAAAGGGGUGCCCGCAGCCGGGCCACAAGGGCGUGACCAGCGCUGUGGACAGGUUGCAGCAGGAGUUCUACUGUUGUGGCAGCAACAACUUGCAGGACUGGCAGGACAGUGAGUGGAUCCGCUUGGGCCAGCUGGAGACCCUCAUCCAGGAGCACCUGAGGAUCAGCGGGGCCGUGGGCCUGGGCAUCACCUGUGUGCAGGUGUUUAGCGUGCCCUUCACGAGCUGCCGGUACAGGAGCCUGAAGCUGGAGCGCUGUUGCCCAUGUCCUCGGGAGCCAGCCCUCUGUGUGCGCCGUAGCUCCUCGAGAUGCGGUGACUACUGA